AUGGCGGCGAAAUCAUCGACCAAGAAGCGCCCGCCGCCACCGCACUCAUCCGCAUCCUCCCAACCGCACGCGCCCAACGCAAAACGCCAGAAAACGCUCUCCGACCGCAAACUCGCCGCGCAGACCUCGUCGAGCGCGUUCAACGGCGAAAUCGACCUCUCCAGCUUCGUCAAAGCGCGCGAGUUCGAGAUCAGAGCGCUCGAAGAAGGCAUCCAGCGGUCCAAGAAGGCGCUGAGCAGUCGGGCGUUCCAGGAAGUGCCGCGGGAGUUGCGCAGACGGCAGGCUAGCCAUAAUGCGAAGCGGGUUCCGGGUAGGCUGCGCGGGCGGGCGAUGCGUGAGAUGGUGGAGGAUAAUACGCCUACGGUGAGCUCGAGGACGAGGAAGAAGAGUGGUCGGGCGCGAUUGAGGCUGGAUACGGCGCGGAAGUUACAUGGGCUGGGCAAGAGCACGGGGAAAAAGGCAGAUAUAGCGCUCGAGGUCAAGGUCACUGCUAUAGUAGAUGAUGCUGGUGAAGCAACAGCGGCAACAGGAGAAGGGAGUCCCAAGAACCCGAAAAAUAUCAACGUUCGUAAGCCAAGAGUGAAGAAGACCGCGGUUGUUGCGAAGCCGCCGACACCACCGGCGAAGUUCCGCAAACGGCAGAUAAACAAGUCAUGGCUGCCUACGCAUAUGUAUCAUACGAAACGUGCGCGAAUGACGAAUCCGAAGGAACCUCUGUGGCGCUACGCCAUCCCACUGUCCCCGUCCGUCAAAAGCUAUAGACCUACACACCGAGCCAGCACGUUACGCGGAGCCGUAGCAUGGGACAUGAGCUACAUGGCGACCAUCAGCCUCGAAGGCGUUGAGGCAAGCAUCAAGAACCUCCUCCGUGCUCUCGGCGUCGGCGAACGCGAGUCAAUAUGGGGCAGACCCGGGCGUAAAUGGAGAGCAGGACUGCGCGCGUGGCAUGGCUGGCUUUACGAGCGAGAAGCAUACCCCUACGAUGCCAUAGCACCUACAACCAUCUUAUGGUGUCCCGCAGCACCAGACAAGAAUGCCACGCUGCCACCCCAAAGUGACGUUCCAGCCCAAGCAGCCGCCGCGAAACGCAAGGUCUUCGUCCGAGUACAUCCAGCUGGCUUCUUCCAAGCCUGGGAACAGAUUGUCCGUCUUUCAAAGGUCCAGAAGCCCUCCGUAGCCGUCGAGGAUCUCAGAUUCGAGAUUGGAAGUAUCGAGAUUACGGGCCCGGCUGCCACAGAGGCUCUCACAGCGGUCUUGUGGCCAACGCCCCUGAAUGCCCAGGCGCCAUCAUCAGCAGAUGCUACAUGGCCGAAGCUGUCCAGCCUGAACAACUGCGCCAGUCUACCCAAAGACGUCAUCAUAUCAUUCGCCGCCGCAGACCCCAGACUACACCACCCUCCACGACGUACCCCGUCCUCGAGCUCCUGUCCCAGCGAAGCAGAAAUGCUAGACCUACUCACAACCUGGCCCCUCGACACAUCUCCACCCCCCGCCUCAGCCCUCUUCUCACGAUCCGCCCGCACAACCGCAACCCGCUCCCUCCCAAGCCAGAAAUCCAUCAACCGCCGCAAAUCCACCCUCAAGCACCACACCACCCACCCAACCCCCUUACCCACCGACCCCAAAAUCCCCAUCCUCCUCUUCACCCGACGAAACCCAACCCACAACGGCCAAGGCAGCUGGACCCUCCUCGCCCCCUGGAAAUGCAUCCUGCCAAUCUGGUACUCCCUCAUGCACUACCCCGUCUCGACCGGCGGCAACCCCCGCUUCGGCGGCCUGGACGAGGUGCGCCAGCUCGCCUUUGAAUCCGGCACGCCCUGGUUCCCUGGCGAUUAUCCGGGCACGGCGGCGGGGGAUACGUGGCAGAGGGCUGAAGACGAGAAGAGGCAGCGGGAGUGGGCGCGCAUGCCGAAGGGGAAGCGUGUCGAGUGGAGUACGCUCGAUCUAGGGCGAGGCAGGAAGGGCGAGGUGGGAGUUGGAUGGGCGUGCGAUUGGGACGCGCUGCGUCGGCCGCCGCCGCCGCAGGACUCGACUGAAGAAGAACCCGCUGAACCCCCCAAACAAUUCCGCCACAUCCCAACCCACACCCUCCCCACCACAUCGCCCACAGCCCCCAACCUCACCACCUCCCUCUGCACAGUAACCCUCACCCUCCUCGCCCGCGGCUCCGCAACCGCCUGCGCGCGCAUAUACCGUCUCCCCACCACGAACCCCCAGCUCCGACAGUCCUGGCUGAAACUGGUUCCUGAUUCGCCCGGUAGUAGUAGGAAAAAGGCAAAAACCGACAGAAUCCACCGCCACAUCGCCGCACUGCCUCAAAACGCACCGGCCCAUGAGCGCCGCGCUAGACUGGCACAUGUUCUCCUUACCGAGCAGCAGACCCGACCCGGUGACGGUGAAGAAUAUCCCGCCGUGCCGGACGCCGUCGAUCUGAUAGGCUUCGUGACGACGGGGAAUUAUAAUCUGUGCGAGGGCAAGGCGACGGCGAUUGGGUCGGUGCUGGUAUCGAGGGUUUUGCCGCUGGGUAGUGAGGAGGGGGAGGAGGGAGCUGCUGAUGUUGUGGAAAGGGAAGGGGGAAGAGAAAGGGACAGGGAAAAGGAGGGCCGUCUGUGUAUUGUGCGGAAUGCGGGGCAGAUGGUGGGUAGGCUUGCGCGGUGGGAUGUGGUGUGA